AUGGAUGAUACCGUUGCACUAAUCCUCAGUCUCUGCCUUGUCAUCAUAUCGAUAUCAUUCCUCCUCCUAGUAAUGAAAAGGUCUGCCAAUAGGUCUCCCAAACCGCUUGGGGUGCGGCCUCCUGGGCCGAGGAAGCUUCCGGUCAUCGGAAAUCUGCACCAGUUAAUUAUGACUUCGUCUCUCCCACACCGCCGCCUGGCGGAGUUGGCCCGGAAACAUGGGCCUCUGAUGCACCUCGAUCUCGGACAAGUACCCUGCGUCAUCGUUUCCUCCCCAGAAUGGGCCAAACAGGUCAUGCAAACCCACGAUCUCAACUUCGCCAACAGGCCCACAUUGCCUGCCGCCGACAUCUUAUUAUACAGCGGCCGAGACAUCGGGUUUUCUCAACCUGGCGAGUACUGGAGGACGAUGAGGAAGCUCUGCGCAGCCAAGUUGUUGGGCCCCAAACGCGUCAAGUCGCUCCAGCCCACUAUGGAACGGGAGAUGAGUAAGAUGGUGGCGUCCAUCACCUCCUCUUGCUUUUCAGGUGUCAACGUAUCUCGAAUGCUUUGUUGUUUGGGGAACGCCAUCAGUACAAGUGCAGUAUUUGGGGGGAGCAGUAGCACCCAGAAGCAACGGCAAGAAUUUGUGCCACUCAUAAAAGAAAUUACUAAGGCGGUGGGUGCGUUCAGCCUCGUGGACGUGUUCCCUUCUAGCAAGUUGUUGCGUCGCAUCACACGAUACGAACCCAAACUGAAGAAGAUUCACGCAGCAGCUGAUGCCAUUAUGGAAGCUGUAAUCAACGACCAUAUGGCAAAAAGAUCAACAAAACAUGACCAAGAUGACAAUAACGAUGAAGAUCUUGUUGACGUUCUUUUGGAUCUCAAGGAGAAGGACGACCUCCGAUUCCCUUUCUCCAACUUCGAGAUCAAAGCUGUCAUCCUUGACAUAUUUAUUGCUGGGACUGAAACCUGGACUAUCACGGCAGCAUGGGUAAUGUCUGAGCUCAUGAAGAAUCCGGAUGUCAUGGAAAAGGCACAGAAAGAGAUCAGACAAGUAGUAUUUAGUAGAAACGGGGAAAAAGAUGUGAACGAAGCAGACAUUGGUGAAUUGAACUACCUGGAGCUCGUUUUAAAAGAAACCUUGAGAUUGCACACCCCUGAUGCUCUUACAAUCCCAAGGGAAAGUCAAGAAACGACGGUGAUUAAUGGAUAUCGGAUCCCUGCCAAGACCAGAGUCAUAAUUAACGCAUGGGCAAUUGGUCGAGAUCCCGAUUACUGGACCGAACCAGAAACUUUCAAUCCAGAAAGGUUUCUCAAUUCCUCCGUUAGUUACAAGGGACUCGAUUUUCAAUUAAUCCCAUUUGGAGCGGGACGAAGAAUUUGCCCUGGCAUGCAUUAUGGAGUUGCUAUAGUGAAGCUUGUGAUUGCAAAUUUACUCUACCAUUUUGACUGGGAGCUACCAAACGGAAUGAUGCCCCAAGAGUUGGAUAUGUCCGAAAGCUUUGGGACGGAAGUCGGAAGGAAAAACGAUCUUCUGCUCAUCCCCAUUCCAUACCACCCCUAA